CAAAAAACUAAACCAUAUGUUCAGAAUUACAAUAGAUGAACCAUGAUUUGAAGCAGAUUAAACUUAAUUGUUGCAGUUAGGAUUGAAGAGGCAGUAGAACAAAAAUGGGAGGAGUUGGCAAUAUGUCUAAUACAACAACUAGAACUGAACAAAAGAGAAAUCCUCUCCAAAGAGUGCCAAUUUCAAAGCCCCCUUUUACACUUGGUGACAUCAAGAAGGCCAUCCCUCCUCACUGCUUUCAACGAUCUCUCUUUCGCUCCUUCUCCUAUCUUGUUCAGGAUCUCAUAUUGGUCUACAUCUUCUACUAUAUUGCCACCACUUACAUCCACGUCCUUCAAUCCCCGUAUUGUUACCUAGCGUGGUCUGCUUACUGGUUCAUUCAAGGUUGUGUUUGCGUUGGAAUAUGGGUGAUUGCCCAUGAAUGUGGUCACCAGGCCUUCAGUAAAUACCCUUGGAUAAAUGAUAUUGUUGGUUUUAUCCUCCAUUCUGCACUUUUAACGCCGUACUUCUCAUGGAAGUAUAGUCAUCGCCGUCACCACUCCAACACUGGUUCCCUUGAGCAUGAGGAAGUGUACGUGCCUAAGCUUAAAUCCGAUCUAAGAUGGUACUCCAAAUAUUUGAACAAUCCACUAGGACGAGUGAUCGCACUUUCCAGCACCUUUACUCUUGGCUGGCCUUUGUACUUGGCCUGCAAUGCCUUAGGUAGACCUUAUGAUCGCUUUGCAUGUCACUUUUAUCCAUACAGCCCGAUAUAUAGUGAUCGUGAGAGGCUACAGAUAUACAUGUCAGAUGUAGGUGUGAUUGCAACUACUUAUGUGUUGUCUCGCGUUGCUUUUGCACGAGGCCUAGCUUGGGUUGCAUGCAUCUAUGGGGUCCCCCUCCAAAUUACAAACGGCUUUAUACUGUUAAUCACAUUUUUGAACCAUACUCACUCUUCAUUGCCACAUUAUGAGUCAUCGGAGUGGGAUUGGUUAAGAGGAGGCCUAGCUUCUGUAGACAGAGAUUUUGGAAUGCUAAAUAAGAUCUUCCACAGUGCAACACUUACUCAUGUUUUGCAUCAUUUGUUUCCAACUAUGCCACAUUAUCAUGCAAUUGAGGCAACUAAAGCUAUGAAGCCAUUACUAGGAGAAUACUACAAAUUUGAUGGUACCCCGAUUUUAAAGGCAGUGUGGAGAGAUUUAAACUUGUGCAUUUAUGUGGAAAAGGAUGAAGGAUCUCAAGAGAAAGGUAUUUUUUGGUAUAGAAACAAGUUCUAA